CGGGAGGAUGCAGGCUACGUGCUGGUACGUGCUUCUCCUCUUGCAGCCCACCGUCUACUUGGUCACAUGUGCCAAUUUAACAAACGGUGGAAAGUCAGAACUUCUAAAAUCAGGAAGCAGCAAAUCCACACUAAAGCAUAUAUGGACAGAAAGCAGCAAAGACUUGUCUAUCAGCCGACUCCUGUCACAGACUUUUCGUGGCAAAGAAAAUGAUACAGAUUUAGACCUGCGAUAUGACACCCCAGAACCUUAUUCUGAGCAAGACCUCUGGGACUGGCUGAGGAACUCCACAGACCUUCAAGAGCCUCGGCCCAGGGCCAAGCGAAGGCCCAUUGUUAAGACGGGCAAGUUUAAGAAAAUGUUUGGAUGGGGUGAUUUUCAUUCCAACAUCAAAACAGUGAAGCUAAACCUAUUGAUAACUGGGAAAAUUGUAGAUCAUGGCAAUGGGACAUUUAGUGUUUAUUUCAGGCAUAAUUCCACUGGUCAAGGGAAUGUAUCUGUCAGCUUGGUGCCCCCUACGAAAAUAGUGGAAUUCGACUUGGCACAGCAAACCGUGAUUGAUGCCAAAGAUUCCAAGUCCUUUAACUGUCGCAUUGAAUAUGAAAAGGUUGACAAGGCUACCAAGAACACACUCUGCAACUAUGACCCUUCAAAAACCUGUUACCAGGAGCAGACCCAAAGUCAUGUGUCCUGGCUCUGCUCCAAGCCCUUUAAGGUGAUCUGUAUUUACAUUUCCUUUUAUAGUACAGAUUAUAAACUCGUACAGAAAGUGUGCCCCGACUACAACUACCACAGCGACACACCUUACUUCCCCUCUGGAUGAGGAUGAAUGUAGGGGUGAGACUGAAGCCUGAGGAAUUCAAGGUCACAUGACAGGGCUGUUACCUCAAGAAGAAGGUCCCAUCUGUUGCCUGGAAUGUGUCUACACUGCCGCUCUCGUCAACUGGCUGCAAAUACGCUCGUGGAAAACAAUCUGAUGUAAUUUCUGCCCAGUCAGCUUCAUCUCUCAGUAUAGUUGUAAAUCACCACAGAUUCUAAAGCCACACUUGAAGACAUGCUCUCACACACAGAUGUACACAGACACACUCUCAUAUACAUUUCAGCUGGCAUCCGUCAUGAUUCCUGUCAAGAGGGCUUUCGUUGUCUGACUCAUAAUGGUUCAGGAUAAACGAUCA